AAUACUGUAAAAUCUGAGAAUCUCCCUGUAUAUACAAAUUUCCUCACUCUCCCUUGCCUCCAAUCCUCUUUCAUUUACAUUCUCUUCUUUUUCCUCAAACAAACAAGUUAUCAACUUCACGUUCAAACCAAUGGUACAUGAACUUGAACAGCUGAGGUGAAUAUUACAGUUUCUUAAACCUUCGCUUCUACUGGAAUCUACCAUCUGAAGCCUAAGGUAAACAUAGGAGUGAGACUAUCAAAUUCUAGAGUAGUGAUGGACUGCAACAAAGAAGAGGCCAUCAAGGCUAGAGGAAUUGCUGAAGAGAUGAUGGGAAAUAGAGAUUUUGUUGGAGCUAAAAAGUUUGCAUCUAAAGCCCAGAAGCUCUUUCCUGAUCUGGAGAACAUUACACAGAUGGUUUUGGUUUGUGAAGUGCAUUGCUCUGCAGAGAAUAAAAGUUUUGGAAAUGAAAAAGAUUGGUACGGUAUUCUGAAAGUAGAGCCAACAGCUGAUGAUGCUCUUAUCAGGAAGCAAUAUCGCAAGUUUGCUCUCUUGCUACAUCCUGAUAAGAACAAGUUCCCAGGUGCAGCUGAUGCCUUUUCACUGAUUGGUGAAGCUCAAUCUGUGCUUUUGGAUCGACCUAAACGUAUGUUGUACAACAGUAGAUGCAUUCCUUCAGGACGAUUUCAAGUACCAAUGCCGCGUAAAAGCUGCCAGCCAGAUACCAGGACACAUCCUUGGGUACAAGGUACUCAGUCAGGAACUCCAGGAAGCCAACCAACCUUUUGGACUGCCUGCCCAUUCUGUUCUGUUAAGUAUAAGUAUUAUAAGAACGUGCUAAAUAAAAUUUUGUGGUGCCACAGUUGUAAAAAGUCGUACACAGGUCAUGAACUGAAUGAUUCAGAUGCAACACCCGGAACCAGUAGGAGUCAGCCUACUUCCAGUCAGAAGAAGGGUGCUGAUGAGACCCUAGCCAGGAAUCCAUUUAUGCAGUCAGAGGUUAGUCUGGAGUCUAAUAGAAAUGGAAACUCGGAAAAUGCAUAUGGAAAAAUGAAUGAGGGAUUAUCAGGGGAGUAUAAAAAGAAAAACACAAAGAGAAAGAAGGCAUCAACAGAAUCUAGUGAAAAUUGUGAUUCCUCAACAAGCAUAGAUUCUGAAGGGCCUGGGGAGUAUUUUCAAUGUCUCGGUGAGGGAAACCGGCGAAGAUCUAUGCGGUGUAGACAGCGUGUCACUUACCGUGAUAAUCUAAGUGAUGAAGAUGAAGAAGAAGAUGCUUCUAAGCAAUCUAAGGGGGGUGGAUAUCCCUCUCCUACUAAGGAGUCCGAGGUUCAGGAUUUGUCUCAUGCAGCAACUCCCAAUGGGGAGAAGAAAUUAAAGGACAGUUUGUCCUCUGAAAAGAGCAUGCAGAACACAGAGCAGGAAGCUGAGACUGCAAAUGAAAGAGUGUCUGUACCUGAAAAAGGAAGUGUUGAUCUUCCCUCAGAUGUAGGGCCUUCUACUAUGACUGAGCCGGAAACAUUUGAUUGUGCAGAUCCAGAUUUUAGUGAUUUUGACAAGGACAAGGAAGAAUCUUGCUUUAAGGUUGGACAAGUAUGGGCUGUUUAUGAUACUCUGGAUGCCAUGCCUAGGUUCUAUGCAGUCAUCAGGAAGAUUUUAUCUCCUGCGUUUAAGUUGCGCAUAACUUGGUUAGAGCCGGAUCCGUUGAAUGAAGAUGAAACCAAAUGGCUAUCUGAGGGCUUUCCAGCUUCUUGUGGUAGGUUCAGACUAGGAAACUCAGAAAACACUGAAGAUCAUCCUAUGUUCUCACAUUUGGCAUGUGCAAUAAAUAGAAACAGCUACAAUGUGAUAAAGAUAUUUCCACUGGAAGGAGAAACUUGGGCCAUCUUUAAGGAUUGGGAUAUGAACUGGUGUUCUCAUCUUGAGAGCAAUAAAAAGUUCAACUACGAGUUUGUUGAGGUGUUGUCAGAUUAUGCUGAGUCUAUUGGUGUGCAUGUUGCAUACUUGGGUAAAGCAAAAGGCUUCACUUGUCUUUUUCAUCGAACAGGAGACCCAUUUUUAGUUCCUGCAAAGGAUAUGUUUAGAUUCUCUCAUCGAGUUCCGUCUUUUAAGAUGUCAGGGAGGGAGAGGAAUGAUGUUCCUGAAGGAUCCUUUGAACUAGACCCUGCUUCCUUACCUUCUGACCAAGUAGGCAUUUCUGCUUCAUGCAUAGGCCAAAGAGAGACAGCUAAUUUUAUGGCAUACAAUCUCAUGGAUUCUGAAAAUUUUGCAGAAAACUGUGCUGCAUCAGUACCUAAUCAGGUUCCUGAACCUGAAUUCUACAGCUUUGAUGCUGAGAGAUCACCGGAGAAGUUUCAAAUUGGUCAAUGUUGGGCGAUGUACAGUGAUGAAGAUGCCUUGCCCCGGUACUAUGGCCAGAUAAAGAAGAUAGAUCAUCUCCCUGAUUUUGUGUUGCAUGUGGCAUGGUUUUAUGCCUGUCCACUCCCUAAAGGUAUAAUACAGUGGCAUGAUAAAACAAUGCCAAUUGGUUGUGGACUGUUUAAGUUUCGAAACAGUAAGCUGAACCCAUAUACUGGAACCAACACCUUUUCUCAUCUAGUAGCAGCCGAACCUUUGAAGAAAGGUGUAUACAAGAUCUUCCCCAGAAAAGGUGAAGUUUGGGCAGUAUACAAAAAUUGGAGUGCUCAGCUGAAAGGUAGUCAACUAGAAGAUUACGAAUAUGAGAUUGCUGAAAUAGUGGAUGUUUCUGAUAGGGAUGUAGACGUGAAGUUCUUAGUGUGGGUAAAAGGCUUCAAGUCUGUCUACAAGCCUCGAGUGGAAGAAGAGGCUCACGGAACAGUGAAAAUAUCUGUAUCUGAGCAUCUCAGGUUCUCUCAUCGAAUUCCUGCUUUUCGCCUUACAGGAGAGAGGGGUGGCAGCCUGCGAGGUUUCUGGGAGCUUGAUCCAGCAGCAAUGCCUCUUUAUUUACUGUGUACAGAUUGAACAGAGGCAACCUGAAGAAGCAUCAAACUUUUCUUUUGUUCAUCCUAUAGAACAAAAUGUUAAAGAGUUUUUGUACAUUAUGGUCAUGACAAUUAUAAUAUGUUUUCUUAGUUUAUGUCCUAGUCCAGUAUUUGAAGCUUUUUGUACAUUAUGGAUAUGAGUUAUGCUUUUCAUAACUAGAAACUAGCUAUAUAAAAGAUCUAAACUAUAUAUA